AGGUGUCCAGGCUGAGACAGGGGUAAUGCCAGCGCGAGCCCUAGAUGGUGUGAGGCCCUCCCAGAGCCAGGAAAUGGCUACAGCCAUGGAGCCAGAGGACCAGGAUCUUUGGGAAGAAGAGGGAAUUCUGAUGGUAAAACUGGAAGAUGACUUCACCUGUAGGCCAGAGUCUGUCACACAGAGGGACGACCCUGUGCUGGAGACCUCUCACCAGAACUUCCGGCGCUUCCGCUACCAGGAAGCAGCAAGCCCUCGAGAAGCUCUCAUCAGACUUCGAGAACUGUGUCAUCAGUGGCUGAGGCCAGAGAGGCGGACAAAGGAGCAGAUCCUAGAGCUGCUUGUGCUGGAACAAUUCCUUACUGUCCUGCCUGGAGAACUGCAGAGCUGGGUGCGCGGCCAACGACCAGAGAGCGGCGAGGAGGCGGUGACGCUGGUGGAGGGUUUGCAGAAACAACCCAGGAGACCAAGGCGGUGGGCAGCUUCUCUGAAAAUAAGCCCUGAUGACAACCAGGAACUUCCUCCUGACUCCGUGGUGACUGGCAGUUGGAAUCAUUCCCAGGUGACUGUCCACGUUCACGGCCAGGAAGUCCUGUCAGAGGAGACAGUGCACUUAGGAGCAGAGCUCGAGUCACCUCAUGAGCCACAGGGUGCUGCACAGGCCUCGACCCCCGAGCAGUCCCAGGAGGAAAGCACACAAAGCCCAGAUCUGGGGGCACCAGAAGACCAGAGCCCAUGUCCUGAAGAGGAGCUGCCACCCCUGCAGGAGAGCGAGACUCCAGCGCCUCAGGACCCAGACCUUCCUGCAGAGAGGAGCUCUGGAGGCUCUGAGAUGGUUGCCCUUCUCGCUGCUCUGUCACAGGGACUGGUAACUUUCAAGGAUGUGGCUGUAUGUUUCUCCCAGGACCAGUGGAGUGAUCUAGAUCCAACACAGAAAGAAUUCUAUGGAGAAUAUGUCUUAGAAGAAGACUGUGGAAUUGUGGUCUCUCUGUCAUUUCCAAUCCCCAGACUAGAUGAGAACUCCCAGGUUAGAGAGGAAGAGCCUUGGGUCCCAGAUAUCCAAGAGCCUCAAGAGCCUUCAGAGCCAGAAAUCCUGAGUUUUACCUACACAGGAGAUAGGAGUGAGGAUGAGGAAGAGUAUCUUGAGCAAGAAGAUCUGAAUUUGGAGGAUAUACACAGGUCUAUUUUGGGAGAUCCGGAAAUUCACCAGACUCCAGAUUGGGAAAUAGUCUUUGAGGAUAACCCAGGUAGACUUAAUGAAAGAAGAUUUGGUACCAAUAUUUCUCAAGUGAAUAGUUUCAUGAGUCUUCGGGAAACCACGCCUAUUCGAUCCCUCUUAGGGAGACAUCACAACUGUACUGUAUGUGGAAAAAGCUUCACUUGUAACUCCCACCUUGUUAGACACCUGAGAACUCACACGGGAGAGAAACCCUAUAAAUGUAUGGAGUGUGGGAAAAGUUACACGCGGAGCUCCCAUCUUGCCAGGCACCAAAAGGUUCACAAGAUGAUCACUCCUUACAAAUGUCCCCUAAACCGGAAGAAUUUGGAUGAGACCUCCCCUCUGACCCAGGCUAAGAGAACUCCACCUGUUCAGAAGCCCUAUGGUUGUGACGACUGUGGAAAACACUUCCGCUGGACUUCAGACCUUGUCAGGCAUCAGAGGACACAUACAGGAGAAAAACCCUUCUUCUGUACUAUUUGUGGCAAAAGCUUCAGCCAGAAAUCUGUGCUAACAACACACCAAAGAAUCCACCUUGGAGGCAAACCUUACUUGUGUGGAGAGUGUGGCAAGGACUUCAGUGACCACAGGCGGUAUGUGGCACACCGGAAGACACACGCAGCUGAGGAGCUUUAUCUCUGCAGCGAGUGCGGGCGGUGCUUCAACCACAGCGCAGCAUUUGCCAAGCACCUGAGAGGACAUGCCUCGGUGAGGUCCUGCCGGUGCAGUGAAUGUGGAAAGAGCUUCAGUCGGAGGGACCACCUUGUCAGGCAUCAACGAACACACACUGGCGAGAAACCCUUCACAUGCCCUACCUGUGGAAAAAGCUUCAGCAGAGGCUAUCACUUAAUCAGACAUCAGAGGACCCACUCAGAAAAGACCUCCUAGCUAGGUCCCCAGUGAGGAGAUCUGCAUUCACCUCCCACCCAAGGAUGGGAUAGGAGAAGCCCUCUUGUCAGCCUGGGAAGACCUUUUCUAGGGAGUUUCCCUGGCCUGCCCAGAUCUCACAUCACCUCUUCCCAUAACUAAGUAAAAGCCUGGGUGGAACCUCUCAGCCCUCUUUUAUGCCUUGAGGAGAUGUUUUGCCCACCUGAAUUGAGGCUUCUUCAUCACUGGUGUGCUCCCGCCUCUACCUCAUGGGUGUAAAGCAGGAGCAUUAGGAGACUUAUGAGGUUUUGGUUAGUAUAUUUUCCAUAAAAUAGGCUGUUACGUAUCUGAAAGACUGCUUAGCAGCCUUGAGUAUACAGUGGCCAAGGGCAGCCCCUUAGGUCUAGUAAGGGACCAGCCUGAGGGGUUCUGUCCUUACUGGGCUCAGAUCUUAAAGCACAUAGCCCUGAAUUAGACAGGAGGUUUGCGUCCAGCUGGCUUUGCCACACCAUCACAGGAUACCUGUACAGACCCUCACUGUCUGAUUCACUCCUUCACCAGGCACUUCCUUUGAUACUGGGGAGAAAGGGUAGAAAUGUUUGAUGGCAAAAACCUCAAGGCUGCUUCCUGUGGACCUUGUCCAGCUGCUGCUUUCCCCAUUGUGAAAAUGAUACCAGGUGCAUGACACUGCUAGAAAAGAGGGCCUUGCCAGAAGCUUCUUUCUUUGUGGGUUUCGUUUGUAUUUCUCCUGUUGGAGUACUCAUGCCCAUAGCCUGCCUUCUAUUCAACCAGUCUCUUGGUUUUGUCCCUAGCAUUUCUACUACAAGUGAGAUGUAGUAUUUGGGUGCCGAGGGAGUCAGUAAAGCAUAAUUAAGUCAUAAUGAAAUCACUUAUAUUUCCACAUAUGCACAAGCUCACCCCUCACCCCCCUUUGAAUGGGCUGUGUGAGGGGAUUUGCUACGGUGUUAGCUUACAAAGGCCCUAUAAAAAUUAGAGAAUCAUGCUUGACUUGGUCACUUCAUUUACAUGAAGAGAGCUGGAGAAGAUUCAAGAUCAAACUAUGGACAAAUAAGAAAAAUGCUGUUGCUGCUGCCCAAGACCAUCACGACUAUUUUCCUGACACCCAAUCGUCAUCAUCCUGGCCUCAGUCUUCUGACAUCAGGGAAAAUUGUGAACCCCAGCACCCAAGACCCGAGGAAUUUGCCAGUAGUAAAUGCCUUUCAUGUAUUUGUGUUUGCUUUUUCUUAUGUGAUUUCAUUCUCAUGUAACUAAGAACUAAAUAGUGGUACCCCAUGAUGGCCCAAGGAUCUCUGUUGCCUGAUAAAGGUUCCAUGGAGAUGAGGCUGAAUAAUUACAAACCUCACCUGCUCUUAUUGUGGGAGUGGCAAAGACUGGGGAGACGUCCUCCAUAAAUGGAGCACAGGGUAUGGGAUCAAAGCAUGAGAAGGGAGACAGUCUUCUGUGCCUGGUUGCUUCUGCUGUGUUUUACAAUCCAUUAUGUGCCAGUACACCACAAGAAUAUGGGUGGAUUAACAAGACCCCAACCCUAACAGCCCAACAAGGAAAUUCUCAUUUUGGUCAAUAAUGAUAUUCUUAUGGACUGGUUUGGUUUUAGUACCAGUCAGCCAUUGUCCUGGAAAUAUACACAUGUGAAAUAAAAGUAACUCUUGCAGCCAA